AUGUCAGAGACAGCUUUUGAGAAGGCUGUGAAACGGCGUAAUCGAGUUAUGCGUCAAAUUCAAUCUAUGAGUUUUUAUGUACAUGAAUUCAACGAUCGUACAGAAGUGGGCCAUGCUCAACUUAAGCAUCGUUAUGAAAAAUUACGUGAGCUUCAAGCAGAAUUUGAAGUAAUUCAAAACAAAAUUGAAGACAUUGCUGAAGAUGACGAGCAGUUUGUCAUAAGACGUAGUGUCGACGAUCAGGUUUUUGAAUUAUUAUCAGUUAUAUCAGCACAAAUGGCCAAUUUUGCUGAAACUAGUUCAGCAAAAGGGUGUCAGAGUUCCAGCUCAAAGACAACAACUAAUAGACGAGUGAAACUGCCUGUUAUACCACUGCCUACUUUCAGUGGACGCUAUGAUGAGUGGUUAACUUUCAGGGACACAUUUCGCUCAAUGAUUCAUGACAACAAGGAUAUUGACGAAAUAGAAAAGUUUCAUCAUCUAAGAGCAGCUCUCAAGGGAGAAGCGGGAAAGGUAAUAAUGUCAUUAGAAACAACUGAUGACAACUAUUCAAUCGCAUGGAGUUCAAUUUGUCAACGUUAUCAAAACCGGCGGUUAAUUGUAGGCACUCACGUUGCGGAGUUGUUCAAGUUGCCAGAGCAGAAGACGGAAACUGCAAGAGGUCUUCGAGAAUUAGUCAACAACUUAAAUAGUCACAUUCGUUCUUUGUCAUCUUUAGGACAGCCAACGGACAAGUGGGACGCCAUAUUAAUUCAUUUAGUGACUAGCAAAAUACAUGCAGUUACUCUGCGUGAAUGGGAAUGUACACGAACUGACGACGAGCCGCCAACAAUAAGUGAGUUCGGAGAUUUUCUCGACAAAAGGUGCUUGAUUUUAGAAUCUGUUGAGGCGGCUAGUCAUAUUAAGUCCAACGCGGAAACUUCACGGGACAAACCAAAGGAGCCAGAGAGAAGGCGUCAAUGGUCAAAGGCAUUUGUUGUAUCUAACAAAGAAGCACAGCCGGCAAAAAGGCGUCAAACUGCGGUCUUACAGACGACAACAAAACUGUCGUCGUGUCCAAUCUGUAAGGGUAAUCAUUGGGUGUAUAAGUGUGAAAAAUUAGCAACAGGCACAAUUGAUGAGAGAGUUCAACAAAUUCGUGAGGCCAGGUUGUGUCUAAACUGUCUUCGACCAGGCCACUAUGCUGCAGUUUGCAAAAAUGGCAGUUGCAAAUUGUGUGGAAAGGGUCAUAACACGCUUAUUCACCGAAACAAUGAAGUGGCCCAGGCAGAGAAAACUGUAGCAAAUGUAGCAAAAGCUGAAGGCGGAUCGGUUUUGCUGUCUACAGCGAUGGUUCGUGUUGUAAAUACACAAACCGGUAAGUCUUGUAUGGCCAGAGCACUGCUAGAUUCUGGUUCGAUGUCUAAUUUUAUGACGAGACGGUUGGCAAAUUCACUACAACUCUAUCAAGAAAAAACUAAUCUCACCAUCUUCGGAAUUGGUAAUUCUUCGAACGGGGCCUUAGGUCGCGUUCAUUGUCAAAUUCAGGCAACAAAUUCGACCUACAAACAGCGUACAUCGUUUGUAUUACUGAAGGAUGUGACAGAUCGUAUACCAAUAGCACGUGUACCGUUAGCGUCUGUUCCGAUUCCUAGUCAAAUUCAACUCGCAGAUCCGAAGUUCAAUGAGCCGAGUCAUAUAGAUUUGCUGAUAGGCGCAGAACUAUUCUUCACAUUGCUCAGAGGAGAACAUGUUACAUUAUCGGACUCUAUUACGUUGCAAAAUACGGUGUUUGGUUGGGUAAUUGCGGGACGCGUAAACAGUAAUGAAAAUACAGAAACAAAUAUUCAGUGUUUCACCGCGAUUACACAGCCAGACGAAGAUUUAAACACACUUUUGCGUAAGUUCUGGGAGCUUGAAGAACAUAAUGACAUGACGAUACAAAACUCAAAAAUAACAGCGUGUGACAAAUUUUAUAGAGAAACAACACGGCGAGAUACAGACGGACGGUAUGUAGUAAAUUUACCGCUAUGCAACGAAAUCUUGAAAAAUCUUGGCGACACGAAAACAAUGGCAAUCCGUCGGUUCUAUGCAUUAGAAAAACGAUUAGAAUCCUGUCCAGAGACAAAGUCGGCCUAUACACUGUUUAUGAAGGAGUAUGAGGCAUUGGGUCAUAUGUAUGAAGAGACACAAUCGAUAAGACGGACAUUACCAGAAGCAUACUUGCCACAUCAUUGUGUGAUUAAGGCAGAGAGUACCACCACCAAACUACGCGUGGUUUUUGAUGCGUCAGCAAAAAGCACAACGGGAAUCUCACUAAAUCAAUCAAUGAUGGUCGGCCCCACAAUUCAAGAGGAUCUAUUCAAUAUUCUAAUCAGGUUCCGGCUACACUGCUAUGUUAUAACAGGGGAUAUUGAGAAAAUGUACCGACAAGUUAAAAUAUGCGAACCGCACCAGCAGUUACAAAAAAUCAUAUGGCGUGAUCGACCCACCGAAACAUUAAAGACGUAUGUUUUGACCACCGUAACAUAUGGUACAGCGGCUGCGCCGUACUUGGCUGUCCGAACCUUGCAUCAGCUUGCCGAAGAUGAAGGUGAUAGCUUACCAGUCGCUGCCCAAGCAAUAAAACGUGAUUUUUAUGUUGAUGAUUUAUUAACCGGAGCUGACACACUGACAGAAGCUAGACGCCUGCAACGUGAUGUUAGUUCAUUAUGCGAAAAAGGCGGUUUUCUAUUACGAAAGUGGUGUGCUAACCAUACUAGCCUGUUGAGUCAUUUACCAGAAAAUCUAAAGGGUACCAUUCACAAGUUAAAUUUUUCGGACAAUAUGGUCACUAAGGCACUUGGGGUGAAUUGGGUACCAGUGACAGAUAGUUUACACUAUAAGGUCACGGAAUGGAAACCAGCGAAAACAGUGACGAGGCGAGUCGUCACUUCAGAGAUCGCUAAGUUAUUUGACCCACUGGGAUUGAUGGGUCCCAUUAUUGUUACAGCAAAGAUUUUUAUUCAAUCUUUAUGGCGCCUCAACACAGGAUGGGACAGCCCAUUGCCGCUCGAAUACACCAAGCAGUGGAUAAAAUAUCGUAAAGGUUUAGUAAUAUUAAACAAUAUUACUAUUCCUAGACGGUCAACUAUCUCUACGAAGCAAGGCAUUCAAAUCCACGUAUUUUGCGACGCGUCCGAGUUGGCAUACGGCACAUGUGUAUAUAUACGCUCGACAAACGAUGACUCAAUCGUGUACUGUCAACUGUUAUGUUCGAAAUCACGUGUAGCCCCAUUACGAAACACUACUAUACCACGUUUAGAAUUAUGUGCCACGUUACUGGGUGCCAGACUACUUGACAAGGUAAAGACGGCACUAAAGGGUGUGGUGAAAAUUAAUCGUUGCUGUUUAUGGAGUGAUUCUACUGUGGCAUUAACAUGGAUAACUGACCAACAAGGUAGUCGAUCAUGGAAAACAUUUAUAGCAAAUCGUGUAGGCGAAAUUCAUGACCGAACGGCGGGUUGUGAGUGGUUAUAUGUCAAAGGAGAGGAUAAUCCAGCCGACGUUAUUAGUCGGGGAAUUUCUGCCUCACAAUUGGCUGAAAACCAACGUUGGUUCUGUGGGCCUGAGUGGCUAACAUAUCCAGAAGACGCAUGGCCAAACAAUACUAAACCCCAAGUCGAAGAGCCUAUCCCUGAACGGCGCAUACAACAAGUCAGUUUGAUCAGCACUGAAGUGACGGACGAUACGAUUCUCAAACGGUUUUCACGAGUAGAACGGCUACAACGGGUCACAGCAUACAUGUUACGAUUUAUUAAAAAUUGUAAAAGAGAAAAAACAACAAGAUUCAUUGGUGAAUUAUCAGUAUCAGAAGUACAGGACGGAUUAAACGUGUGGGUACGAAAAUCACAACACACGGCAUUUUCAACCAACAUUGACAACUUGAAAAAUGCCCGAGAAAUGAAUAAAAAUA